AUGGCGGCCGCAGAGGAUAUGAAGGUCGACCAGCCCGAACAGGGCAUCGACGAGGGUCUCUACAGUCGCCAGCUCUAUGUGCUUGGUCACGAUGCAAUGAAGCGCAUGGCUGCAAGCAACGUCCUCGUCGUCGGUCUUCGCGGUCUCGGUGCUGAAAUCGCAAAGAACGUCGCCUUGGCCGGUGUCAAGAGCAUCACCAUCUUUGAUCCUACCCCCGUCUCCAUCUCGGACCUCGGUACGCAGUUCUUCCUUCGCCCAGAAGAUGCCUCCUCGCGCGUUCGCAGGGACCAUGCCACCCAACCUCGUCUCGCCGAACUCAACACGUAUGUACCCAUCCGCGUCCUUGAAGACAACGAGCUCAACCAGCAGAUUCUCUCGCGCUUCCAGGUCGUCGUCAUGUCCGAUGCCCUCUAUGCCGAGCAGCUCCGCAUCAAUGACAUGACCCACGCCUCUUCUACCCACUUCAUCUCGGCAGAGGUGCGCGGUUUGUUCGGUUCCGUCUUUACCGACUUUGGCCCCAAAUUCCUCUGCAACGAUCCCACCGGCGAGCAGCCCUUGUCCGGCAUGAUCGUCUCCAUCGCCAGCGAGGAUGAAGAGGGUCUCGUCACCACGCUCGAUGAGACCCGCCACGGUCUAGAGGAUGGUGACUAUGUCUCCUUCACCGAGGUACAGGGCAUGGACGCGCUCAACGACAGCCAACCUCGCAAGGUCACCGUCAAGGGCCCCUAUACCUUCACCAUCGGCAGCACCAAAGGUCUCGGCCAGUACAAGCAGGGCGGUAUCUUCAAGCAGGUCAAGAUGCCCAAAGAGAUUGCCUUCAAGUCGCUGCGAGAGAGCGGCAAGCAGCCCGAGUUACUCAUCGCCGAUUUUGCCAAGUUUGACCGUCCUGCUGCGCUCCAUGCCGGUUUCCAGGCGCUUUCGCACUUCGAGCACCAAAAUGGUCGACUGCCUGCGCCCAGGAACGCACAGGAUGCCGAUCUGCUGCUCCAACUCACCAAGCAGAUCGUCCAAACUUGUGGCCAGGAUCCUGCCGACUUGCCCGAAAAGGUCAUCCGCGAACUUGCCUUCCAGGCCCAAGGUGAUCUGUCUCCAAUGGUCGCAUACAUCGGUGGCUUCGUGGCGCAAGAAGUGCUCAAGGCCUGCUCCGGCAAGUUCCACCCCCUUGUCCAGCAUCUGUACGUCGACUCGCUCGAGUCGCUCCCCGACUCGGUAGAGAGCCUUCCCGAGAGCGAGUUUGCUCCCACCAAUUCAAGGUACGACGGCCAGAUCGCCGUCUUUGGUCAAGCCUUCCAGCACAAGAUUGCCAACGCACGUCAGUUCCUCGUGGGCUCCGGCGCUAUCGGGUGCGAAAUGCUCAAGAACUGGAGCAUGAUGGGACUUGGCAGCGGGCCAGAGGGCAUCAUCCACGUUACCGACAUGGACACGAUCGAAAAGUCGAAUCUCAAUCGACAGUUCCUCUUCCGCUCCAAGGAUGUGGGGCAUUUCAAGGCCGACACAGCCGCCGCCGCCGUGGCCGAGAUGAACCCGGAUCUCAAAGGCAAGAUCCAUAGCCAUCAGAAUCGUGUGGGACCCGAGACCGAGGACGUGUACGGCGAUGAGUUCUUUGCUUCGCUGACGGGCGUUACCAAUGCGCUUGACAAUGUACAGGCGCGCCAGUACAUGGACCGUCGCUGUGUUUACUAUGAGAAGCCAUUGCUCGAAUCGGGUACACUGGGCACCAAGGCCAACACGCAGGUGGUUGUUCCCCACCUGACCGAGUCCUACUCGUCGUCGCAGGAUCCACCCGAAAAGUCGAUCCCGGUGUGUACGCUCAAGAACUUUCCCAACGCCAUCGAGCACACGAUUCAGUGGGCGCGCGAGCAGUUUGACGAGUACUUUCUCAAGCCUGCCGAAAAUGUUAACCAGUAUCUGUCGCAGCCAGACUACAUUGAGACGACGCUCAAGUCGGGCUCGGGCGCCAAGGAGCAGCUGGACCAGAUCAAGCAGUACCUGGUCGACGAGCGACCCAAGUCGUUUGAGCAGUGCAUCUACUGGGCACGCCUGCGCUUUGAGGAAAACUACAGCAACAAUAUUCGUCAGCUGCUCCACUCGCUGCCCGCCGAUGCGGUCACUUCGAGCGGUCAGCCGUUCUGGUCGGGACCCAAACGUGCGCCCAAGCCGCUGACAUUUGACGCCAACGACCCGACGCAUCUCGAGUACGUGAUGAGCGCCGCGUUGCUGCACGCCGAAAACUACGGCCUCAAGGGCGAGGCGGAUGCGGCGCUGUUCCGCAAGGUGCUGUCGUCGAUGCAGGUGCCCGAGUUCGUGCCCAAAGACAAUGUCAAGAUCCAAGUCAAUGAGAACGAGGCGGCAACGACGAACAACAACAGCAAUGCGGAUGGAGACGACCUGACCGAGAUCACCAGCAGCUUGCCCGAGGCUUCGUCGUUGGCUGGCGUGCGUCUGCAGCCGAUCGAGAUGGAGAAGGACGACGACACAAACCAUCACAUGGACUUUAUCACGGCGGCGUCGAACCUGCGUGCGUCCAACUAUGGCAUCUCGCCGGCGGACAAGCACCAGACCAAGGGAAUUGCGGGCAAGAUUAUUCCUGCGAUCGCCACCACCACGGCGCUGGCUACGGGACUGGUCAACCUGGAGCUGUACAAGCUGCUCGACGAGAAAAAGUCGCUGGAAGCAUACUCGAACGCGUUUGUCAACCUUGCGCUGCCGUUUAUCGCGUUCAGUGACCCGAUCGCCGCCCAAAAGCUCAAGUACAACGACACAGAGUGGACGCUGUGGUCGCGCUUCAAGGUGGAGCAGGAUGUGACGCUGCAAGAGUUCCUAGACCUGUUUAAGGACAAACAUGGGCUGGAGGUGUCGAUGCUGAGCUCGGGCGUUUCGAUGCUAUUUUCGGCAUUCUUACCCGCCAGGAAGAGGGAAGAGAGGCUCAAGAUGAAGAUGAGCACGCUGAUCGAGACGGUGUCCAAGAAGCCCAUCCCGAAGCAUGCGCAGUGGGUGAUUGUCGAGAUCAUGGCGGAUGACUUGGAGGGCGAGGAUGUCGAGGUGCCAUUUGUAGUGGUCAAGGUCAAGUAA